AUGUCAAAGAAACGUCGUCAUGACUCGUCUGAAGAUGAACUCGACGCCGAACCGAUUCCAUCCGAUCCCGAAGAGCGUCGCAGCGAAACCGUUGUUAAGCACCAUUCAUCAAAACGCGAUGAAUCUUCGAGAAAUGUAGAAUCAUCGAAGAAGUCUGUAGAGGAUCGCAAAAAGUCGUCAGUCAAGAAAGCAAAAGAGCACAGCUCUUCGGACACAGAAAAGUCUCGCCCGCUUACACAGUUCGGAUGGAGAAAAGUGCAGGAGUCGUCUCUGUGCGUAAGGAGAACUCCAUGCAAAGAUCAAAUCAACGCUACAAAUGCGAGGGAAGGUAAGAGCCAUCAAAAACGAAUGAAAAGGCGAAAGAAUCUUCACCUGUCCGUGAGCGCAAUAAAGUUAGCCGAUCGCGAUCUAGAAGCCCUUCUGACAGACCUAAGCGGGAGAAUAAAGAAAGAGAAGAACGCUCGAAAAACACCCGCGAGCGUCGUUCCGCUUCUCCAGCAGAAAGGCGUCUUCGUUCUCCGGAGCGAAACAGAAAGGCGUCUUCGUUCUCCGGAGCAAAAAACUUCACGAAAGAAAGCGGAACCUGAGUUGGAGUCGAAAAGUAUCAUUAAUCGCUCGCCCUCCAGGGAAGCUACAAAACAAAAAGAAGUUAGCAGUCACAGAGAUUCUUCGAAUUCCGGUUCUGGUCUGGAGGAAUCGAAGUCUUCUGAAGAGAAAAAAGACAGGAAGAAGAAGCACUCUAAACGCAAAAGGUCCAAGUCUGAAUCGAAAAAGAAGCGAAAUCAUUCUACAUCUGGGUCAUCAUCCGAGAACGAGGAUGAUGCUGAAAAAUCGCAUUCCAAAAAGAAGUCAAAAAAAUCAAAGAAGAAGAAAAAGAAGAGUUCAAAGAAGUCAGAAAAGCACAAGCGGAAGCAUAGAGAAUCGGAAAGUGAGUCUGAUCGUGCUUCUCCGGCUAAACGUGAUGAAGACGAUAUAAAGGGAAAGAAAAAGAGAAAAGACUCAGAUUCGGUGGGGGAGGAGGAGGAGAAGGUACGAGCCAAAUCGCCAGUGGAAAAAGAACGUCGUGAGACAGCACAAAAGUCGCGUGAAAAGGAACCGGAAGAGCGGGAGUCAUCCAAAAGAGGACGUCGUGAUGAAUCACCCGAAAGGAAAGCUCGCCGAGACUCUGCCAAGGAAAAACCCAGAACGAAGGAAAGCUCCGAGGACGAAUCCUCUGAUGAGAAGAGAGACGAACGAAGGAGAAGGAGAGACGAGUCGUCUCCUGAAAGAAGCAGUAGGAGAAGCCCUAGAACAAUAGACAGGCGUCGGAGUGGAGAAGAGAGGUCAUUUGACAGAUCUCGUAGGGAUCGUAGCAGGUCUCCAGUGGCGCAGAGAAGAGAGCGAAGCAUAAGUCCGUCUGAACGGAGACCUCGGCGACCACCUAACUAUCGCUUCCGUCGAGAGACCUAUUUGGAUAAUCGCUGGCGUCAAGAGGAGAGCAGACGGUGGGACGAUCGUCGUCGAAGGGACGAUUCACGUGAUCGCAGACGUCGUGACGAUUCGCGCGAUCGCAAACGUCGUGACGAUUCACGCGAACGUAAACGACGAGACGAUUCACGCGAUCGUCGACGCAAACGUAGCGAUUCCAGAGGACGAGCAGGAGCGGAAAGUCCGAAAAUGUGGCCGAAGAAGGUGAAGAAGGAAGUGAGCUCGUCAGAUAGCUCUGAUGCUGAGGGAACGACAAGUUCCCCUGAGAGAAAACGCGCUAAGGGGGAUUCGCCAGCACCUAAAAAGAGUUCUGUGGACGAGUUGAGAAGAGGAAGACAAAGAUCGAAGUCAAGAUCACCUUCACCUAAACGAAAGGAUACGAGAACCUCCCGAAGUGAGGACGACAGCCGCAGACGAGAUGCUCCAAGAGAUCGAGAUUCGAAAGGAAAUGGUGUCAGCAGAUCGCGUGAGAUCAAAAAGGAGCCUGAAGAUGACGACAAACCGAAGUCGCGUGACUCCUCUUCGAAGGGCUAUGGACUCGAAAAAAGACCUAAAAGAGAAGCAGAAGAUGAUGAAGGUCCAGAAGGAGAGUCUGCUAUGAAAUCAAAAGAACGAUGGGGAGCUUCGGAAGGUUGGGGAUCCGACAAAAAAUCUGGCGCACCAGCAAAGGAGAAGGAGAAGGUAAACCUUGGUGUCAGUGGAAAACUAGCUGAAGAUACUAACAUGUAUCGCGGUGUGCUCAUAAAAUACAAUGAACCACCUGAGGCCAAAAAACCAACGAUCAGGUGGCGCUUGUAUCCAUUCAAGGGCGAGGAGGCGUUACCCGUCCUGCAUAUACACAGACAGUCGGCAUAUUUAAUAGGCAGAGAUCGAAAAAUUGCCGACUUGCCCAUUGAUCAUCCAAGUUGCAGUAAACAACACGCUGUUCUACAGUACAGAUCGGUUCCUUUCGAACGCAGCGAUGGAACGAAAGCUCGUCGUGUGUUGCCUUAUAUCAUUGACUUGGGCAGCUCAAACGGCACACUUCUCAAUGGAGUCAAGAUCGAACCUCAGCGGUAUGUCGAGCUUAAAGAGAAAGACGUGCUCAAAUUUGGUUUCUCCAGUCGAGAAUUUGUCGUUUUAAAUGAGAAGUCGGCUGGAGACGACGGUGCAUCUGAUGCGGAACCCGCUAAAUCACCAGGAUCGGAAUAG